GCUUGAUUUCUUGCGCGUAGCAGGUGCUGGGGAGGUAAUAAGGGGUGGUUUUGGUCAGUUGACUUAAUAGAAAAACACGGUUGUGUUAGAAAUACGUUAAUAUAUAUAUAUAUACUUAUUUUUGUUAUACGUUUAACACCUUUAGGAAUGGCAGAGGGAGACAACAGAAGUGCUAACAUUCUGGCACAAGAGACUGCCCAGCUGGAGGAGCAGCUGCAAGGCUGGGGAGAGGUGAUCUUGGCAGGGGAUCAGGUCCUGCGUUGGGUGAAGCCCUGGUUCCCUGCAGCCUUGAUGGGAGUUGUCUCUGCAGUUUUCCUGAUGAUUUACUAUCUGGACCCGUCUGUGCUGACUGGGGUUUCUUGUGCCGUCAUGCUGCUCUGCCUAGCUGACUACCUUGUUCCCACUCUCGCACCCAGGAUCUUUGGCUCCAACAAAUGGACCACGGAGCAGCAGCAGCGUUUCCACGAGAUCUGUGGGAACCUGGUGAAGACACAGCGCAGGGUUGUGGGCUGGUGGAGGCGCAUCUUUGCCCUUAAGGAAGAGAAACCCAAAGUGUACUUCAUGUCUGCGAUCAUCUCUCUGUUAAUGAUGGCCUGGAUUGGACAGCAGGUCCACAACCUCUUCCUCACAUACCUGAUUGUGAGCUUCCUGCUGCUGCUGCCUGGACUGAACCAGCAGGGCAUUAUCAGCAAGUACGUUGGGAUGGCAAAGAGGGAGAUCAACAAACUGCUUAAACAGAAAGAGAAGAAGAACGAGUAAUGGAGAGGAGAGACAACCCGACCCUCGUCAGUACAAGGUGCUUCUGCCUCGAUGGAAUCUCUCUCCUCCAAUCAGAAACUCUUUCACUGGGCAGGGUGGGGUGGAGAGGCAGGCACACACACACACACACACACACGGCCCGUCUUGAGUUUGACAUACUGAGCUUUUUGAAAACGCAGACAGAGCCCUCUUUGUUAGCUACCACUCCCACUAUUUCUUGCUCUUGUCUGUCAAAGUUCAUUAGUUAUCAAGUUGUUUCCCCAAACAAAUACAAUUUAAUUUGUGCCUCUCACCCCCCCACCAAACAAACAAGUUACAAAAGGGACUGUUUUAACCAAAAUGUUUGUUCUCAACAUGCACCAUUCUUUAAAAAAAAAAAAAUUGAAAUGCACAGAAAGCCAGGCUUCUAUUUGUAUUAUGCACAGACUGAUUUUGUUCCAAACUUGACUGUUUUGAAAGCGCUGUGUUUAUGUUGCUAUGAUCUGGGGUGCAACAGUUCUGUCUUAGUCCUGUUUAUGAUGUGGUUUGUGUAAUAUUUCUGUUUUUUUUUAUUAUUUAACAAAUGUUGCACUGAUACCGUUUUUAAAGAAACUGGGCAGAAGUACAAAGAUAAUGCUCUGUUACUUUAUGAAUUAGUUGUGUUUAACUGUAUGGGUGUAUUUUACUGAAGUCUGUUAGACUCUGCUAAUCUGUCUCUGACCUGAUCCACAUGAUGCCCUUCUCUGUUUCGAGUGCUUUGGCCUCAGUUUGAUUUUCUUGAUUUGUAAAUGUCUGUCCUGUACGCCUUUGGUGUUAAGUUUGUAUAUUUGUUAUAGAUUAGCAAUAUUGUAAUCUCUCCUUAUCUUAUUUUUUUUUUCCUGGCUUACUGCUAUAGAAAUAAAAUAUUGUAAAGAAUUGAAA